AUGACUGGCAAUAAUGACAACGCAAGUUUGACGGAUAUUAUUGUGACAGACCCUGUCAUCGCUGAACAAAAUGAGCUGAUUGCACAAUUGGUGCAACAAAUCGCCGAAAUGAGAGUUGAGAUACGAAAAAAUCGAGAGUUGUCAAAUCUGGCUAUUGCCGCCAACACCCCGGUUCAAGGCGAGGGAAGGCCUCCAUUCCAUUUCCCUUCUCCAAAUUCAAAUACGGAACAUGUUCAAAACCCACUCUUGAACCCCGCUCAAAAUACCUUCAUUGUUGACCUCACUGCCUCAAAUCCCCAUCAUGCCAUCGCUUCCUACCAAGUGCCACCUCAUCCUCAAAGUACCGGCCCUCCAACCUUCCCUCCCCCACAAAAUACCCACCCUCAAGCUUGUCCCCCCCCACAAAGCCAAAAUGUUAACAAUCCACAAACCUUUUCCCAUGAUCAAAACCAACAUACUAACCGGCAGACAUGUCCCCAAAAUUACCAAGCUCCUCAAAAAACACCUUUCCAAAUCGCAAUCCCAAAUGAACCCUAUGCCAAUGGUUCCGAACUUGAUCACUAUGAGGAACAAGAAAGAGAGUGGAGGGUGAAGGAAGAGACAACCAAAUGGAACAUGAAAGAGGAGAUCAUGAAAGCCAUGAAGGAGUUUCAUUACACUCCGGAUGUUGCAGGAUUAAAUUACGAAGAUUUGUGUAUCCACCCGAAUUUAGACCUUCCCGAGGGGUUCAAAGUGCCAAAAUUUGAUACUUUCGGAGGAAUCGGGAAUCCUUUGGCUCAUCUGAGGGCGUAUUGUGAUCAACUAGUAGGAGUUAGGAAGAACGAGGCUUUGCUAAUGCGGCUCUUUAGCCGAAGUUUAAGCGGGGAGGCUUUGGAAUGGUUCAGCGCCCAAGAAAUAAAACAAUGGUCCAAUUGGAACGCUCUGGCCAAAGAUUUUAUCGAGAGGUUUGCGUACAAUGUGGAGAUCGUUCCCGAUCGUUAUUCUUUGGAGAAAAUCAAACAAAAGUCUGCUGAAAGUUACCGAGAGUACGCCUAUCGUUGGAGGAAAGAGGCUGCCAGAGUGAGACCUCCCAUGACUGAGAAAGAGAUUAUUGAAGUCUUUGUACGCAAUCAAGAGCCUGAGUACUAUGACAGGAUGUUGUUGCUUGUAGGAGCGAAAUUUGCUGAGGUGGUCAAAAUUGGUGAGACCAUCGAAGACGGUCUUAAGACCGGAAGGAUUACCCAUGUGGCCAUCCAAACUGGGCCUUCAGAUUUGUUCAAAAAGAAAAGAGAAGAUGUGUCCUUUAUUUCUCAUGCGCCUGGCAAAAGGUUACAAAGAUCAUCCAAUUUUAGCUCCAGAAAAACCUCACCCACCAGAAUUUAUCCCCCAUCUCCACAAAAUUCCUACCCAAUGUUUUACGUUCAGCCGAGUUAUCAAACUCCGCCUCUUAAUUACCUGCCUCCGCGCUAUCAAAAUGCUCCUCGUGGCUACCAAACUCCACAAUGCCCAAAUUUCCGAACUCCCGCAUCUUUACACCAAAAUCGUCCUAGUUAUCAUCAUGUAUCCCCACCCCCGCAAAAUAACUGUAACCUUACCCAAUCCAAUUUUGAAAAUAGGCCUGCUAGGAUUUUUACUCCUCUAGUGGAAAGUCGAACUAAGCUGUUUGAAAGACUAAGAGAUGCAUGUAUUAUUCAUCCCAUUGCACCUAAAUCGACUGAUACAGGCUCUAGAUUCUUCAGAGCCGACCAAACAUGUGCGUAUCAUUCCAACAGUAUAGGGCAUGAUACUGAAACUUGUGUUAAUUUGAAGCAUAAGAUUCAGGAUCUGAUUGAUCGGGAGGUCGUCACUCUUCAAACCGCUGCUCCCAAUGUUAAUAAUAACCCCUUGCCGAAUCAUGAGGGAUAA